AUACUCUUUGGCAUCAGCAGCCAUGUCGCAAAGUGACAACCACUGUCGGAAAUACUAAACGUUUGGUGUUGGAAAAAAAGUCGGAACAGAAUCUAUUGUGGUAAUGUUGGAGAGGAGUGAACGGGCUGGAUACAGAGACAGGACAUAUAUAUAAUUAAGUGAUCUGCCGUGGAGAUUGUCGCUGCAACUUUAAAGAAGAAGGAUCCAUACAAACUGAAACACUAAGCGAUCCACCGCUCAGACUAUAAAAAACCAAGAAAGUCGUACAGGCUCCACAGACGGGGACUCGCAGGCCUGUGUCAGAGUUUGGCAUGGGGUUACUGAGCCUUGCUCCUACCAGGCCCUCUAGAUGAUGGUGAUGCUGAUGAUGAUUCCCCAGCGCAACAUAACAGAGAGGCAGUGAGGCUCAGUUAGCCCCCCCCCCCCUUCCUCCCCCCCGCCCCCUCCCCCUCCCCCCCGGCCCAACGAUACUCUCAACACUCCCUUUGUUCCACCCUAACUGCUGACCUCGUCAUCCCGUACCACCAUGCUGCGUUUCCUGCCUCUGAAGCUGGGUCGUCUCUACCGUUGUCUGAAACUUCUAUUGGUGGUGGGCCUGUUUGUUAUCCUCCUGAUGAACACCCACAACCUGUUCGCUUCCUUCCAGAAGAACGAGCUGACGGACCGCCGCUUCAUCAACCUCAACAAGUGUCCCGCCUGUUUCGGCACCAGCUGGUGCAGGAAGUUCAUGAACGGCCAGGUGUCUUUCGAGACCUGGGGACGCUUACGCUUCCUGGAUGUCUUCAACGUCAAGAAUGUGUAUUUCGCCCAGUACGGAGAACCGCGGGAGGGGACGAGGCGAGUGGUGCUCAAACGCCUAGGAUCCAACCAAGAGCUGGCGGACAUUGACCAGAAGAUCUGUAAGAGGGCUACGGGCCGGCCGCGAUGCGACCUCAUCCAGGCCAUGUACAAGACGGAGUUCGCCAGGCUGAACGGGGACGUGAGGCUGCUGACCCCUGAGGUGGUUGAGGGCUGGUCUGACCUGGUGCACUGCCCUUCCCAGAGGCUACUGGACAGGGUGGUACGGCGCUACGCUGAGACCAAAGACUCUGGCAGCUUCCUGCUGAAGAACCUAAAGGACACAGAGAGGAUGCAGCUACUGAUGACCCUGGCCUUCAACCCUGAGCCCCUCGUACUACAGAGUUUCCCGUCAGACGAGGGCUGGCCGUUCGCCAAGUACCUGGGAGCGUGUGGUCGCGUUGUGGCGGUGAACUACGUCGGCGAGGAGCUGUGGUCUUUCUACAACGCUCCGUGGGACAAGAGGGUUGACCUGGCCCGACAGCUGAUGGACAUCGCUGAGCAGCUCACCAACAACGACUUUGAGUUUGCCCUCUACCUGCUGGACGUGAGCUUUGAUAACUUUGCAGUGGGGCCGCGGGACGGCAAGGUCAUCGUGGUGGACGCUGAGAACGUCCUGGUGGCCGACAAGAGACUGAUCAAACAGAAUAAACCAGAGAACUAUGACGUUUGGUACGAGAGUCGCUUCGAGGACUGUGACAAAGAGGCCUGCCUGUCCUUCUCCAAGGAGUCUCUGUGUACCCGCGUCACCGUGGACCACAACUACUACGCCGUGUGUCAGAACCUGCUGUCGCGUUACGCCACGUGGCGAGGGACCACCGGCGGGCUGCUCCACGACCCCCCCGCCCACGUAGCCAAAGACGGCCAGCUGGAAGCGCUGUUGGACGAGUGCACCAACCCUAAAAAACGCUACGGACGCUUCACAGCCGCCAAGGAGCUGAGGGACUACCUCACGCAGCUAGUUUCCUCCUCUUCCUCCUCCGCCACGGCGAGGUAAUGAACAGAACCUACGCUUGGCGGUAGCCUGCAGCUCGGCGUGGCUGGUCAGAGUUGGGUUUGGGUUUCACCCCCUCCCUCCCUCCCCCCCCUGACCUUGUCCCCAGGAACUUUACCCAUGACCCUCCUCGUCUCACUUCAAGUGCAGGAGAUCUCGUCCUCACUGGUCACACGGCAGCAGCAGUGAUUUGGUCCUCUCCUUUCCUGGUGGAAACCCAACCUGCAAAGCUUGAUGGGAGUUGUUUUAAAGGGAACUUCACUGCUGGUUUAUAUUAUUACUUCUGACUUUGUUUGGUAGCUGGUGAGAAUGAGGUGCUUGGAGCUAGUGGACCAGGAGAAAGGGGAUUGACAGAACCCUCUCACCCCAGAGAAGGACUGCUAUCCUGGGGGAGAGCUGAGGGACGACCGUGUGGCUACUCUAAUGUAGCAUGUGGUGUCUGACUAAAUGACUUCUCUCCCCUCUGUCCACCAGGACUCCUCUCUGUCUGUCCACCAGGACUCCUCUCUGUCUGUCCACCAGGACUCCUCUCUGUCUGUCCACCAGGACUCCUCUCUGUCUGUCUGUCUGUCCACCAGGACC